AUGAGGGUCCACUCAAGUAAACGAAGCCUCUCCAAGCAAACCUUCGUGUUUGCCCUCGUCUUUGUAUGGUUCGUUGCGGUCACAAUCGUAAGAGCGGAUGCGCCGGUCGAUACCCCCGCGGUGUUGAAUGGUGAUGCGGACGGGCCGGGGAAGGCGUUGGAAAAUACUGUUUCAGGAGGAAUGGGAGAGGGUGCGAAGGAGGAAAAUGUGGCCGGGGAAGCCAACAAAGCCACACUGGAAGAACAACGAAACGCAACCUUCAACGAAACCCUCCGAACCCUCAAAUCCCUCGCCCGCCGCAAAUCCCGUCGCACACCCACAGACAGCAGCAACGGCGACCUCCUCCAAACCGCCAUCAACGCCGUGAUCGGCAACGUCCUCCCUGGCCCCUUAGGCGAGCUCGUCGACGAGGUCCGACAGCGCAUUCUCGCCCAUGUCGACUCUGACGGCGAGCAAGGGGAUGUGGGGGAGGAAGCGGGAGAUGAGGAUGUCUCGUGGACGGCGUUGCCGGGGAUUGAGGAGGGGGAUUCCUGGGCUGUGAAGAGAACAAAGGCUUUGAGGGUUUUGAGGGCGUUGGCGAAUGAUGGGCAUGACGGGGCGGUUGAGAUAAUGGGAGACAUGCUUCUGUAUGGGGUAUUCCAGCAUCCGCGAAACGCUAGCAGAGCCUUCAAUUACUACUCGAAACUUGCGCAUGAUACGGGGCGGCCGGCAGGACAACGGCAAGUGGGUUUGAUGUAUGCUACAGGCAUCGGAGUUGAGAGAGAUUACGCGAAGGCGCUUCUUUACCUCAGCUUCGCAGUUGUGGGAGGCGACACGAUCGCAGAGCAGGCGCUCGGAUACUGGCACCUUAUGGGGAUCGCUACGCCGCGCAACUGUGACGACGCCGUGGUUUACUACAGGCGCGUCGCUGAAAAAGCUGUCGAACGAUUCAAUUCCGGACCACCUGGUGGGCUAGCCAUGCCGCUUGCGAAGAUGCGGUUGCCGGAUCAGGAUGGUGGUGUCUAUGGUUUUGGCGCGAGUGGAACCGGGGACCCGAACCUGCGGUCGGGCGGUAGAUCGGGCGGGGCUAUGAGCACUGAGGACAUUUUGCAGUACUAUCGGUUGCAGGCGGAUGGAGGGGAUCCGUUGGCACAGCUCUUAAUCGGCCAGCUAUUCUACCUCGGCUCCUACAACGUUAAACAAAACUUUCAAAAAGCCAUGCUUUACUUCCGCCAAGUCGCCAGCCAGCAUCCCGGCCUCAAACCCGCCCGCGGCAGCAGCGAGGAGGCGCCCCAGACCGUCCGCGACGCCGCGACGUCUGCGAUGGGCUUCAUUGGGCAGAUGUAUUGGCGCGGCGAGGGUGUGGACGUGAAUCUGGAUGCUGCGAGGAAGUGGUUUGAGAAAGGUGCUGAGGAUGAGAAUGGGGUCUGUCUGCAUGGGCUGGCGGUUAUGUAUAUUGAGGGGCUGGGUGUUCCGAGGGAUCCCGCAAAAGGCCUAAGCUACCUCAACCUCGCAGCCAAGAAAGACCACGCGGAUGCACAAGUCCGGCUGGGCAAAAUGUACUUUGCAAGGGGCAAAGCAGAGUACCAGAACGCGAUGAGCUGGUUCAAUGCCGCCCGGAAUAAAGGCCACAUUGUGGCUUUGUACCAUUUGGGCGAAAUGCAUGAGUAUGGAUACGGACUGCCCGCGCCGACUUGCCACGUCGCUGUUUUGUACUAUAAGAGCGUCGCGGAGAAAGGCGAUUGGCACGAUCCAACCAUCCAUGCCGCACCGGAGGACUUCCGUACCGGGGACUACGAAGGGGCAUUUAUCAAGUAUCUUUUCGCAGCUGAGCGAGGGUAUGAAGUGGCGCAGACCAAUGCUGCGUGGAUCAUCGAUCGAGGAUACUACAAUCCAGAGAAAACAGGUGCACUUUUACCUCCCGCUCACGCGACAAAGAAGUCGGACAGAACCGACGUUCAGCCUUACGACGCGCACUCGACCGCACUGUACCUGUGGAACCGCGCAGCCAACCAGGGCAACGUUAACGCUCGGGUAAAAAUGGGCGAUUACUACUACUACGGGCAGGGCGUACCGAAAGCGGCGGAAGCGAAAACCACGGAAACCACUGCCAAAGAUGGCGUUACCCCUACCGACGGAGAUAAGUCCGCAGCUGAACCGGAGACGGCGCCCGUCACUGAUCCAGAAGACAGCCGCUCCUUCGUCCAGGACAUCAUCGACACCCUGAACGGAUAUAUAUCGUCCCUCUUCCCUUCGCCGACGCACCAUCACACGAAAGGCGAUCCCCAGCGUGCGGCGGUGUACUACCAAGUAGCCGCCGACAACGAAUUCUCCAGCAUCGCCAUGUGGAACCUUGGCUGGAUGCACGAAAAGGGCAUCGGCGUAGCCCAGGACUACCAUCUCGCCAAACGCUUCUACGACCGCUGUCUCGUCACAAAUCCGGAGGCGUACUUGCCCGUCAACCUGGCCCUGGCGAAGCUGAGGCUGAAAAUGUUUUGGCGGUGGGUGAAGGACGGCGGGUUGUGGUCGGGCGUAUCGUUUCCGAGCUUUUUGGGCGGGGAUGAGGUGCAACAUAUGGACUUUGACCCUGUUGCCGGCGGCGGCGGCGGCGCGAAUGAUGCGGUUAUGGGUGGCGCGAAUCGAAAGACGGGCGAAGGUGAGCCGCGGCCUCAUCGACAACAACAGCAUAAUCCGUGGGACGACUAUUACGAGUACGACGAUUUCCUGGAACGGUUCGGAGAAGAUGCGGGCGGGCUGGAUGAUGACGGGUUUGGAGUGGCGGGAGCCAGUGAUAGCUUCAUCAUCGUCAUGCUGUGUGGGGUAGCCGCCGCCCUCCUGGCGUGGCGGCAAGGCGUGUUGCGGAGACGGCAGGAGGAGAUCCGGAGGGGUAUGGAGAGGCUGGCGAGAGAGCAGGCGCUCGUGCAGCAACAGCAGCGGAGACCACAUGGGGGUGUGGGUGGUAUGGCCGGGGCGAGUGGGCCUGUUGUUCCCGACCCGCCGGCCGCGGUGGAGGAGCAAUCACCGGUUUCUGAAACGUUACCAGCUUCAGAGGUCGCACAAACAGCUGCGCCAAGUAGUGAAUCCCAGGAAGGAUUGAGUCGACGGGCACCACCUAGCGAAGCGGCGGAUGCGCAGGAAUAG